CGCACCACUCGUUCGUGUCAGUAUCUCUAGGUCACUCGCGGCAGCUCGUCUUUCACUCAGUGACAAACGAAAACAAACGAAUUGAAACGUAAUACGAUUAGACCGGUAUUUGUCUGUGUGUUUGUGUUUUAAGAAAUCUGUGUUUAGUGUGUAAAUGUGAUAUUAUUUCUUCUUCUUUUUUUGUUAUUGUGACAUUUUGUGAAUUUUCGCGUGGAGUUUGAAACGAGAUUUUGUAAAGAAAACACCCAAGUUCAUCGAACGGUUGUCAUAUAAUGAAGUGAUUCUGCUCCGCAAUGGGCAGCGGGCUGAGCAGCGCCGCCAGUCGCAAAUGGCGGGGACGGAAACAACGAGAGCCGCCUCGUCAUGCGGAGUCCUCCAGGGUCCUGUUCCUCCUCUACCUCAUACACAGGACUUGGAAUGUUGUCGUGGAACACGUUGAUGGAAAAAGUGCCAAGUGGCGCGGCUCCCACACAGUACCGAGCUCCGGAGAAGGACUGGCUCCCAGGUUCGACUCCGUCAGCGUGGCGGACUCAGACCUGGGAUCCUGUUACUCAUCAUGCAGCUGCAGCUACUGCCGCCUGAGGGAGUGCGCCCAUGAUUGUGUCAGUGAACUCACGUUGCUGGAGGGCAUGGCGAACUGCGGGGGCUGGAGUGAGGAGCCCGUCUCUAAGGACAAGCAGCGCCCUCCGAUUUACAACCCCGAGGACUAUGCGACGUCUCUCAAGAAAUGGGGGAAGAAGACGGGCGGCGCCAGCCUGUACGACCUGGACGCUGGGGCGGAAGCCAACAAGACCAGGACCCUACCCACUCAAGGAAGCAAAGACUUCAGGAACCCUGCAUGCUUGUCGGGCGGUGAGGAGAUGACGCUCCGUCAGUUUGGGACACCGAGUGAACUGCUGACGAAACUCAGAGCUGAUCUCCGACUGUCUUUUCCGAGUUUCGUCCAAGAGUUCGCUUGUGAGCCGCUAGAUGGCGUGACGUUAUUAUUGGAACUGCUGCGCAACGUGCAGCUCAGCCAAUCAGGAGAGGGCGCGCGCGGGCCGCCCGCUGUCAGGAGAAGACCACUAUUAGAUGAACUGGCUUGUUUACAAUGUUUAUGGAGCUGCUGCAGUCGCUACCCUGACUGCGUGCGGCGGCUGGUGUCGGGUUCCAACGGAGUCUACACCCUCACCGUCUGCAUUAUGUCUACAGUCAAUAAGUCCAGAGUUCUGGCGUUACAGCUCCUGACAAAAGCUUGCUACCCACCAGCCAAAGGCCACAGUAUGGUAUCCGAGGCGCUCUCGACCCUGCGCCUGCGGUACGGCGAGCCCGUCCGCUUCAGGUUCCUGGUCGGCAUGCUGCAGAGCUCAGGAGGCUCUGGAGACCUUCAGGCAGCUGGCCUAGCCUUCAUUAAUGCGCUUCUGUGCAGCGCUCCAACUCCUCAGAGAAAGCUAUACAUCCAAGCUGAAUUGGAACAGGCUGGAUUUGAUAUCGUUACUUUGAAAAAGAUGGUAGCCAAACUGCCUAAUGCUAACGAUCAAGUCACAAGAGAGAUAGAUGAUUAUGAAAAACAGCUGAUUGACAUCGACACGCUGAGCGAGAAGGCAAAUGAGGCACAGAGAGAGAAGGAUGAUAUGAAGCACAAGCUCGACCUGCUUGAGAAGCGAGUCAAGAUUCUUCAAGAAGAGAAAGGGAUUCUGCUGUCAUUAGAGAAAUGCUUAAAGGAGAAGUGUUGUGAGCUGCAAGAAGAGGUGUCGUCACUUCGGUCUGAACAUGGCAAUUCGAACAGAAAGAAACCAUUCUCCAUGAAGAAAAAAAACUCCAUGCAUAAGAAUAGAGAUGAGUCAUCGCCCCCAGAAGACGAAGGCAUCAGUUCUUCGGAAAGAUCUCUUAGCCCUGAAGGUGACCCUCAACGAGAAUCCAUGGUCUACGAAGUUUUCAAUGUCAAAAACGAAACAUACGACCUAAUGCGAAACAAACGCACAUUACACAAAAAACUAGAAAGCAAAAAGAAUGAUAAAAAGUCGUCUGAUGAAGAAGAUGAAACUACAAUUGAUGAAGUGAUACAGGAAUUGAGAAACAUAGUCAAUCAUGCUGAAUCAGAACAGUAUGCUAAAGAUACUUACACUGAUGACCGAUCCUCUAGGUGUAAUCAAACAUCAGAGAUAAACGUCCCUAUAAAUGCCUUAGAAUGCCAAAAACAUAGGGAUGAUAAAGAAGAUUCUAUCACCAGCACCAGACAUAGCAUUCAGAUUAAAGGUAAAGGAGACUGUCCAGGUGACAGCGUUGAAGAAGAUCAAGAAUCUGAAAUAGUUCCAAGUAAAAUAGUCCCUCACCCACCUAGGAAGGCCAAGAGCCUCUUACAUUUAUUUGUCCCACCAGUCGUAGACCAAGGGUUAGUAUACAAACCUCCCGACCUUUACGAUGAUAACUUCUAUUCAAGUGACGAAGGAUCUGAUUCUCUGUUAAGCGCCUCAAAGUAUAGCAAACCUGUCAGCAAGAAGCCUUCAGGUUCCAGUUUUGAUUUCCACGAGUGCCGAGCUGUAUUCAACUCUAUUUCUGAUAAAAUUAAAGAUGAAAGUAGAACAAAACGUUCAAGGACUCGUUCCAGGGAAGAAAAUAGGAGGACUUCCAUAAAACGAAGCGAGUCGUUCCAAACAUCUGAGAAAGGCUCCCGUCAACGCGAGUAUAUUGAUAGUAUGUUUUUUGGCGAAGCCCAUACUCCCCUUGUUAGUUCAGUUACACCACUGCAAAGAUCAAAUUCCAAGUGCAGCCGUGUUGAUGAAAUAGUCAACCUUAUUGAGUCUAAAAAGCUAACAAAAAGCCUGGACAGGAUAGAUGAAGGUCUGAAUUCCAUGGUGGAUAUUGUAAUGCUUUCUGAACCAAGGAAGCCGGUCUGGCCCUACGAGAGCAGGCAAAGGUCCGUUUCGAGGACCAGCAGUGAUGCAGGAAAUGAGAGUCCUUUAAUUCCCAUUACAAGAUCAAAUAGUAAACUAAACAAUAACUAUCGCUACGACACAAUGUUGAGUCAGAAAGAUGAUGCUAAAAACAAGACGGAUUCAAAGUUUUUCAUGACCCAGCCUAAGUUGAGCUCCAGUGUCGAUAACCAGCCUAGCUUUAAUAGCUCCACAUUUCUGGUUAAACGUGGUCACAGCAACGCUGGCUUCUACUCUGGGCCUCACAUGUUGAGAGAUGCUCCUGCCAGCAUGACCAGUCUCGUCAUGACCGGUACACACAGCCACGCAGAUUUGAAAAAGACUCUUUCCCCAAUCGGUUCAACUUCGAGCAAGUUUGGCAUUCACAAAGUGACAGAUAUGCCUUCAGGGUUGUACUAAUAGGUGCUUCUAUUGUAUGUUUUCGGAACCAACGACUAAUUUAAGUGUUUCGUACCUAAUUGUUAUGACUAGUGCAAUAUAGCCCUCUAGGGAAAGUUACGUGUUAGUAAAAGAUUCAGUUUGGGAUGUCGAUCAAGAAUGUGCUUUGUGUUUAUAGCAAUAAAGUUGUAAAAAUGCAAACUAGGACAAUUAAAUCCUUGAUCCUAGUAAUUUGAUUAUAAAAUUGAUGUCCGAUAGAUUAGCAAAACGUGUCGCGAUAUAAUGGUUCGAUAUUGCAGUCUAUCUACAUUCGAAUGAUAGCUUAUCUGAUCAAGAUUAUAAUCUAACGACCUAUUUGAUUUGUAAUAUCAAAAUACUGAAUAACUUAAUUUCUUUUUUAUAUCUAAAUUAAGUACACCUACUUUCAGCUAAUUUAAUACAUUCUAAUAUACUUAACUAUAGUCGAUAUAUCAUCAAUCGUCGUAAUUAAGGUUAGAAACACAUUUUUGUUUUCAAUAAUUUUUCCACCCCGUCGUAGAAAAUUGUCGAUCGAAGUCCCAAAACUGAAUAUAGGAACUUAUACUAAUUUAUUUUUAGUUGAUUAGCGAUUAAUUAAUCAAUACGUAUCUUGGUAAUUUUGUUAUUUAGCAAAAUUCGCUUAAGAUCAUGAUGUCACUGCUGCCAAUUAAUGUUUAUUUUUACGAAAAAAAAACUUUCCUUUUUUUAUUUGAUUUCUUGAUCCAUCAGUCAGCACCCAAUAUUCAUUUCUAAUCAAUCACAUCUCGAUAAUUUUUUUUGUCAAGAAUCCUGGUUUUCUUUUAAUUUCAUUUUUUUUUUGUCUUUUUCGUAAAAACGUUUUCAAAAAUAUCUUUGUAUUGGUCUACUGUCGAACCUAUUUACUCGUUGUAAAUAUUACGUUCCAUAUCAAUAAAAUGUAGCGUUUUCUUGUAUUUACAUUAUUAUUGUAAUAAAGACAUGUAAGCGUA